GUUACGUCGAUCGUCAACUAAAUAGUUAGAAGAAGCAGCGGAAGAAGAUUCAAGGUUUUUGUUGUUUUUGUUUCUUUCCAUCCGAGCGUUAAGUUUACUUUUGCUACCGGGAAAAUCAAAUCUCUAACAACCACUGCCAAACGUCAACGUUUUCUAUAACAUAGCGAGGGCCGAGGGGGGUCUUUAUUAGCGACAGGACCGUGGUUUUCCUGGACCUUCUAGUAAAGCUAGUGGCUUUAAAAACCUAUGGCAAACCUCGAAACAAAAUUAGAACUUGGUGCGAUUUCAGACUUACCGGACACAUUUUGGUGUUCCUCUUUGGUUCUACGCUAGACACUAGCGUAUUUAUUACUCAGCAGGUGGACCAAUGAAUCAUAACAGAGCAAUGGAAGAAGUGAACUCGGCUUUUGUCGGAGACGAUGGGCAAGUGGUGAGCAUUGCUGGCGGGCCCGUAACGUCACCAAAAAAACCGUCUGUGAAACACGAAAUCGACUAUUCGACAGCAACCAAAAGACCACAGAUAGGAGCUGCUCUUGCCGCGGCUUUUAGUGCCUUCCUACUGGGAACAACGUUAGGUUGGUCGUCACCCGUUCAGCCACAACUGCAACACAUUGCUGCUGGGAGUUUCUACCCGAAUGAUACGCAACUGGCAAAUAUCUGGCACAUAGAUCUGGACGAUGACCAAAUGUCGUGGGUUGGUUCAUUGUUGAAUAUUGGCGCUAUGAUCGGAGCUCUCAGCGGAGGAUUUUUAAUGGACAAAUUUGGCCGUCGAUUUGUCCUGAUGAUGAUGAGUGCACCGUACAUCAUUGGAUGGCUGAUGAUUUCACUUGCUGUCGACUCAAGUAUGUUAUAUGUCGGCCGUAUUAUUGUGGGUUUUUCUGGAGGCGUUUGUACGGCCAUUGCCCCUUGUUAUAUUGGAGAGAUAUCAACCCCCACCAUGCGAGGAAUAGUGGGUUUUUUCUUUUCGGUCAACCUUGCAUCCGGCUUACUGGUGACUAGUGUGAUGGGAUUAUGGAUGCACUGGCGCUGGUUAUCGGUCAUUUGUACAAUUGAACCCAUAAUUUUCCUAGUGGGCAUGAUAUGCGUUCCCGAAUCGCCAUAUUUUUUAAUAAGAAAAGGGAAGCAAAGUGAAGCUUUUGGAUCUCUUGUCUGGCUUCGGGGAUCUACCUACAACAUUAAAGCAGAAUUACAUCAAAUAGAAACUCGAGUUCUCGAAGAUUUCAAAGAAACUUGCAAAAUUUCCGACGUCUGUCAACCGUGGGUGUUUAAACCUAUUCUGAUCGGAGUAGUUUUGAUGUUACUGCAGCAGUUCUCCGGAUUGAACGCUUUAUCUUUUAAUGCCGCAGAGAUUUUUAGGUUGGCAAAUUUCAGCUUUGAUCGUCUCAUUGGAGUAGUUUUGAUAAAUGUUGCACAGGUUUCAGCGGUGGUUUUUUCUUCCGCCGUACUUGUAAAAAGGCUGAAUCGAAGAACGUUGUUCAUCAUCUCAGAGGGAAUAGCUUGUCUUUCAACGCUUUUAAUGGGUUUCUAUUUUCAUUAUUCGGGUCGUCCACAUUCUCAGGAGAUGGUCAACUUUAAAUGGAUCCCAUUGACCGCUAUGAUUGUCUUUUUUGCGGCCAUAGGUUUAGGAUUGGGAGCACUUCCGUGGCUCAUAUCCAGUGAAAUUCUACCGCCAAGGUUCAGGGGACCUGGAAGCUCGAUUGUCGCUUUCGCCAAUUUUGCGAUGUCAUUUACAGUCACGAAAACAUUUGUCGACAUGAAGCGGGUCAUGACACACGCUGGCGUGUUCUGGUUUUACUCUGGGGCUUGUUUUUUGGGCGUUAUGUUUGGCUUGUUUCUCCUACCCGAGACGAAAGAUCGGACACCACUUCAGAUCCAAGUUUAUUUCAGAUCCCGAGAGAAGCGUAUUUCUUCGUUACCAAUUUUGACACCUAAAUGAUUUCUCUUGAAGUUACUCUACCCAUUGAUAUUUGUUGAUUGGUAGAUGAUAGUAUAUUUAAAUAAGACGCAAGUGUCUUUCUCUUGCAUCUUUUAAUUGCAAAGCAGUCUCAUAAGGGAGCUGAAUAAAAAUUGUAAGAAUUUUCUGUUUAAUUUGAAAGCCCAAAUUAAAUAAAACUUUGCGUAAACGA